AUGGCAGGUGGAUUUUACGCAGACGCGCCGCCGAGCCACGGCGGCAGAGGGACGAAAUGUGGGCGGUGGAAUCCGACGACCGAACAGGUUAAACUUCUGAGUGAUCUUUUCAGUGGCGGCCUUCGAACCCCAACAACGGAUCAGAUCCAGAAGAUAUCUUGUGAGCUUAGCUUUUAUGGAAAGAUUGAGAGCAAGAACGUUUUCUACUGGUUUCAAAACCACAAAGCUCGUGAAAGACACAAACGGCGACGUAUAGUCUCGGUGGAUGAUGAAGAGAAAGAUCGGGUGGGUGUCGGGUCGGGUGAAAGGGUGGUGGAGACUUUGCAGCUAUUCCCAUUAAACUCCAUUGAUGAAUUGAGAUUUUGUGGGGAUAAUAAGAAGAAUGCUGCGUUUCAUUGCAGUAGCGAUAUUGGAAUUCAGAUGGAUCAUCCAAUGCUAGAUCUUCGUCUAAGCUUCAUUUGA